AUGUCUCGAAUCGAAAAUGUCGAAGAUCCGCAGUUACGCAACUUCAUGCUAACGACGAUGAAAAACUAUAAGGAAAAUCGUUACAUCAGACGCCUGGAUGAUAGUGAGUUGGCGCGUAAAGAUAUAACAUGGUUUCUUCCUAUCUUUACCGUCACCAACCCUAACAAGAAGAAGACACGUUUAGUGUGGGACGCCGCAGCGAAGAUCCAAGGAGUGUCUCUAAACGACUGCCUGCUAAAAGGUCCUGACACACUUGCAUCAUUGAUGGGCAUUCUAAUACGCUUCAGAGAACGCCCAAUUGCUAUUUCGGGAGACAUACGCGAAAUGUUCCACCAAGUGAGGGUGCGACCAGAGGAUCAGGCAGCUCAGAGAUUCCUCUGGCGUGAUGGAAACUCGCAACGGCCACCGGAGGUAUACGUCAUGCAAGUUAUGACUUUUGGAGCAUCGUGUUCACCUUCCUUGGCGAGUUACGUUUUGAAACGCAAUGCUCAACGAUAUGAAGCUGAAUAUCCCGAGGCCGUAAAAGCCAUUUGCGGCAACACUUUCGUCGAUGACUGGCUUCAGUCUGUGGACUCAGUAGCUGAGAUGACAAAGCUAGCCCAGGCUGUAAAACUAAUUCAUGCUGAUGGAGGAUUUGACAUGCGACACUGGACAUCAAUUCUCAAGCAAUGUUGGUCGGAAAAGGUUCUGGGCAUGUGGUGGCAACCUGGAGAAGAUUGUCUAACGUUUAUGGUGAAGCCAGAUACGAUCGCAAAGGCUCUGCAUGGUCGGCCAACUAAACGCCGCGUCCUGAGCAUGAUUAUGACCAUAUUCGACCCCUUGGAAUUGUUGGAUUUUUCAACAUACGCGCAAAAAUCAUUCUGCAAAAUAUAUGGAGGUGGAGUCGGAUGGGAUGAGCCGCUCAAAGAAGAAGACGAGGCAGACUGGCGUCGUUGGUUGGAUUUGGUGCCAACGUUAAACAAUCUGCGUAUAGCCCGAUGUUUGAAAGGAGUUAGUGCAGCUAGAUGUCUGGAAAUGCAUACAUUUGUAGACGCAAGUGUUAAUGCAUACGCUGCCGUCGUAUACAUCCGAGCUGAAGUAGACGAUCAAGUUCAUUGCAGCCUUGUAGCGUCGAAAACAAGGGUUUGCUCCAUUGAAACCAAUUUCGAUACCUCGCAUGGAACUCAUGGCAGCUGUUUUGGGGCUGAGGUUGGCCAGAUGUAUCGAGUCUGA